AUGACGGAGACCCCUGGCACCCCAGCGUACAUGCCCCCCGAAGUGAUGGUUGCUAACCCCCACUACAACACCAGUGUGGAUGUGUUCUCCUUUGGGAUAAUGAUGAUUCACACCUUCACGGCAGAGUGGCCACUACCAAAGAUUGGCCCCAACAGAAUCGAUCCUGCUAAUCCCAAUGGUCUGAUACCAGUGACGGAAGCUGAACGACGUGAAGAGUUUCUUCGAAGCAUUUCCCCAGACCACCCUCUGAUGGACCUCAUCAUGCGCUGUCUCAGCAACAAUCCUCAGCAAAGGCCUAAAGCAGCGGAGAUAGUGGGUCGGAUGGUGGGUGUGGUACUUAAACACCCUCCCUCCUUUGAGAACAGAGUGGAGAUGCUCCAGCGAGUGAGUGCUCUACUGUCAAAGAAGAGGGAGCUUGAGAAGGAGGUUGUGAGGAAGGACUCGGCAAUCCAGGAGAAAGCAGGAGAUAACGAAGCACUGGCCGGGGAUAAAAGACGACAUGAGGAAGAAAGUAAAAACACUGUCGAGCGUAUGCAGUUGGUGCACUCUGUGGAAACUGAUCAGUUUAAAUUGGAGAAUGAAGAUCUUAAAGGUAAAUUCGAAGAAAGAGAGACAAUUGUUAUCAUGAAAGAUGCUAGGAUUACUGAGUUAGAACGUCGAUGUAAGCAACUCACUGAAAAAGUGGAGCAGCAAAUCAGAGACAAAAACUCUAUUAUUGCUGACAAAGAUUUGACUAUUGCUCACAAAGAUUCAACUAUUGCUCACAAAGAUUCGAUGCUUGCCUCCAAAUGCACUUCCCUUCAGAAGAAAGAAGCCACCAUUCAGAUUUUAAAUGACCAACUCACCAAAACUAGACACUACCUGACCAGUAAACCACAGUCCUUACAGGUUCAGUUGUCCUACAGUCAGUGCUCUACAGCUCCAGUGAAUAUGACUAGUGGAGUAGCGGUAACCAUCAAUGGCAAGGUCUACUAUGGUGGAGGAGUCUGUGAUGAUGAUUAUGGCAGCUACUGUGUUCACUGUUACGAUCUGCCGCAAGAUGUCUGGUCAACUCUGCCCAGACUUCCUGUACGGUAUUUUGGUCUAGGGGAGGUCAAAGGUGAACUGGUAACAGUUGGCGGUGUGACUUCAUCCCUCUCUGUAUCCAACGUGGUACAUGAGUUUGUCAAAGGAAGUAACUGGAAACAGACGAUCCCACCCAUCCCCAUAGCGAGGUAUUGGCCAGCAGUCAUUAGUCUUCCAGCAUAUCUGGUUGUAGCAGGAGGUGGGUUAUUCCUUGGUGCCCUCACUGAUAAUGUUGAGAUCUACAACAUCAGCACCUCCCAAUGGAGCGAGACAGACAGACUACCGUAUAUUUGUAAUGACCAAAGAGGAAUUGUCUACAACAACACAGUGUACCUAAUGGGGGGAUCUGACGGCAAGAAUCUAAACAAGGUGUUAGCUACUCAAGUCGACAAGCUCAUCUCAAUACACCGACAGGAUGAUGGGAGUGCCAACAAAGCCGACUCUGUCUGGAAUACAUCAUCUAACACACCGUCUUACCACCCCUCCCCUGUAAUGAUAUCAGACACCCUCUUUGCUGUUGGUGGAAUGAAUCAUGAAGAGGAAGCCACUCAAAGGAUCUAUGCCUACUCGUCCGCGAUGGACUCCUGGCUCUACGUUGGUGAUCUACCAUCUCCUAUAGCACACGCUGCCACUGUGUCACUGUCUUCAACAGAGUGCCUUUUGAUUGGGGGAUGGAACAAAGGAGAAAGACAAUCAACUGUGUAUAAAAUUAGUAUCACAACAACCAUUAAUUGAUUGAUAGGUGUAUUUUAUUGAGUGAAUGCUGAAAGGUUAAUUUGUGUAGUACCAGC